GGCGAAUUGUAGGUCAAGAAGCCUUGGUCCGUAAUAUUAGCGUAUGCUAACGUAUAUAGGCGACAUAGGUCCUUACACUGCCUUUGACGACAAAUUCCUUAAAACAUCCGAAAGCAAGGCCAAGCGGAGAUGGACGCUGUAAUUCAUAUAUCCGCUAGGUGCUAACGCUUUAUGAACAACAUAAUAUGGUGAAUCAAUUCUCCUCGAACGACCCAGCAGCUCAGUGGGAUGUUCUGUCCCGAGGCGGGCAAGGGACACCGCUGUCAGUUCCUGACCUGGUAAAGCGGUAUCGCACGCUCAAGAAGGACUUCCUUGCACGGCAGAAGGAGGAAAAUGAAAACGUGCUUGCUUCAAACCUGGCCGCAGUGGAAGCCUUCGCGACUGCCCGCCUGCAGGGCCUCGCAGGACCGGGGCCGGGGGCGGGAGGAGGCGCCGCCACUGGGGGGGCUCCUGCUCCCCAGGCCUCAGGCGCUCCUGCUCCCUCCCUCCACCAACAGCAGCACCAGCAGCAGCAGCAGGCGCAUGGGGGGCAACAGCAGCAGCAGCAGGCGGAGGAGCUCAGGUCGCUUCCCAUUCCCCGCAUGGGGCCCCUGGAUGCGGCGCCUGCUCCCCCCCUCCCUCCCUCCACCCUGGGCGGCCGGCUGCUGCCGCUGUCCACCCGCACUGUCAACAUCACAUGCAGGCUG